AUGCUCGCCCAGCGGAAACCACGCAAACGCCAAGUGAUCGCCGCAAAGAUGCGGGGCACAGCGGGGAGGCGUCGGCGCCCCGCACAAGCCGCCGCCGGGGCCGCAUUUCGGAGCGAUCCGAGGCGGCAGCUCAGCCGGGCGGUCACCGCAUCGGCCCUCGGGAACGCCCGCGGAGAAACUUGGCGUUUUCACGGGGAUGAGCAGCCCCCUCGCCGAGCCGCGCACAGACCAGUCACCAGGGACACCGCAGCCGCCGCCCUCAGCCCCCGGGGACCCCGUCAGCCCCCUCAGUCUCCUCAGGCCGCGGGGACACCCUCAACCCUCUCAGCCCCGUCAGCCCCCUCAGGCCGCGGGGCGGCGCCGGCAGGACCCCCUCAGUCUCCUCAGCCCCGUCAGUCUCCUCAGGUCGCGGGGACACCCUCAACCCCCUCAGCCCCGUCAGCCCCCUCAGGCCGCGGGGACCCCCCCCCUCAGUCCCCUCAGGCCGCGGGGACCCCCCCCUCAGGCCCCUCAGGUCGCGGGGACCCCCCCCCUCAGGCCCCUCAGCCCCCUCAGGCCGCGGGGACGCCCCCCUCAGGCCCCUCAGGUCGCGGGGACCCCCCCUCAGGUCCCUCAGUCUCCUCAGGCCGCGGGGACCCCCCCUCAGGCCCCUCAGUCUCCUCAGGCCGCGGGGACCCCCCCUCAGGUCCCUCAGUCUCCUCAGGCCGCGGGGACCCCCCCUCAGCCCCCUCAGCCCCUCAGGCCGCCGCGGGGCGGCGCAGCAGCCCCCCGCGCCACUCGGGGACUCGGCCCGGCCCGGCCCGGCCCGCAGACACCGGCUGUAAUGGGGGGCGCGCGGCGGUACCUGAGGCGGCGGCGGCCGCAGCUCCGGAGCGAUGGCGGGGGCGGGGCGCGGCGUGCGCGUUCCCGGUCCGCGGCCCGGUGCGUGGGGCCCGCCCUCUGCCUCCGGCCGCCGGCGCACCCGCCCCUUCACCUCUCAACUCCCACCUUUCCCCUCCCGCGCGGCCAACCCCAGCACGUGGUCUCUGCGGCGCGCGCAUGCGCGCUCUGGGCCCCGCGCGGCUCCCGCCCGCCCCCUAG